UCUAGAAUCGAUCCAACUCUAUUGAGUUUUUAACUAAAAAAAUCUCCCAUAUAAAAAGCAAAAAAUGUGUGACGAAGGAACCAUCCGGGACUGUGAGCCAACCACCUUGCGGCUUCCGUUCAAUAGCUACCACAUCAACUUGCCUCUGUAUAUUUUGGACAUGGUGCGCAUCUUCCAAGACCAUCCCAAGUAUAGCAAUGGCAUCAAUGAUCAUCAUAUCCUGGAGAUGCUGGAGAAAGAACCUUUUGCUUGCGGGGACCUUGAGUCGCAGAUAAAGACCGCUUUGCUGGAUCUCACUGCCAAGGGAUUCAUACGAUUCAUUAGCAAUGGAUACCGAACUCUGGGACCAAUUGCCAAACUGUCCAAUGCGCGUUCCGUGCGCCACUUCAACAUGACAUGGCAGCGCAUUGCCGAAUUGCAAAAGGUCAAUUGCCCCAGCCUGGAGCCAGGAUCGAUCUCCAGCGGUCCCUGCACCCAGCGUGGAUCAAACUAUUGAUGUCUAGAUAUAUCCUUAGUUUAUUCGUUGCGUUAACCAUUUCGUUCAUUGAAUUAAGUUCCUCCAAGAGCAGCGUGAACGCUACUCCGCACACCAACAUCGAAAUUAUAAGCGUCUAGUAACAUUCC